AAAAACGGAAAAAAUAGCCCCAAAGCUAUGGGUAAGGCACCAACGGCAGCGGCGACGCCGGAGAUGAAGAGGAAGAAGAAGGGCCGCCCUUCCAAGAACCCAUCUCCCGUAUCUACUCCCCCAAACUCCUCAGUUUCGAAUUCCACCAGUCGCCGAUCCACCCGACGGAACCCUAAUAAUUUCAAUUCGCCGCCGCAGUCGGAUUUUGAGGACGACGAGGACGAGCGCAAGGAGAAGAAGGUCAAGCUGGUCGUCCGGCUACCUCAAUCGGACGAGAAGAGUAAGACUGGUGAGAAGAAUCAGCUGCAGCGACAUUCUCGAGGUUCCGAUUCGGAUUCUGGCUCGGAGUCCGAGGAUCGGGAUGGGCCCAUGAAGAAACGCAAAAUUAACGGCGUCGAUGACAGAUCUGACGACGGAGAGUUGGAUCAGGAUAAAAAGCCUGUGAUAGCGACUGAUAUUCCUCCAAAAGGGUCGCCAUUAGAGUCUGGUCCCACAAUUCCUUUGCCAGACAAAAAGUUGUUGGUCUUCAUUCUUGACAGGCUUCAAAAGAAGGACACUUACGGGGUGUUCUCUGAGCCCGUUGAUCUCGGCGAGCUGCCUGAUUAUUUGGAAAUAAUAGAGAAUCCGAUGGAUUUUGGGACUGUGAGGGAGAAGCUUGAAACUGGUGCUUAUAAAAAUUUGGAAGAAUUGGAGUCUGAUGUGCUUUUGAUAUGCUCAAAUGCGAUGCAGUAUAAUGCUUCAGACACAGUCUACUAUCGACAGGCCCGAGCUAUUCAAGACCUUGCAAAGAGAGACUUUGAGAACCUUAAGCAUCAAGGCGAUAAUGGGGAACUGCAGCCCAGGGUUGUGCGGCGAGGCAGGCCUCCAAACAGCAAGAACCAGAAGAAGUCUGCCGAAACAUCUCCUGGAGAUCGUGUGGAAAGUUCUGCCACUGAAGUUUCCACGGGCGUUUCACUCGCUAAUGGAGAAGACAAACCAGCUGGAUCCAAUUCUUACAAUCUUCGAAAGAGCCCUGGGUUAUACAAGUUUAAGUCCACGGAUCCUUUUGUGUCGAACAACAGACCUAGAAAUGGUGUCUCCGAGUGGUUGGCUGAUUGGAAUGACGAGUUUCCAGCAUCAAUUCUAAGGGCCGACAUGAAGCAUACAAAAAGACAGUUUACAGUCGAUGAAAAUAGGCGAGACACCUACAAGCAGUCACUAUCGUUGAGCAACAAUUUACCUGUAUUUUAUAACUCUCUUGGGAGCAUAAAGCGACUAGCACCGGUCGGCUUUCAAGAAGCCCUUGCUUAUGCAAGAAGCCUGGCUAGAUACGCCGCAAAUCUUGGACCUGUAGCUUGGAAACUGGCUUCAAAGAAGAUAGAGACUGUCUUACCUGCCGGCGUCGAAUAUGGCCAUGGCUGGGUCGGAGAUAAACAAGCACCUUCACAGCUAUUCUCACACCCAACUGACAAGCAGAAAGCAGUUAAUAGUGUUUCUGUCGACUGCAAUUCAGGCAAACAUAUAUCCCCCCAGGAUUCUGAUGCAAGUCCUACCGUUGCAAGUGGGCUUUCUGCAGAAGCUGUCAAGAAACUCAACAGUCAAAAUGAGCUAUCUAGACGAGGCAAUACUGCUAUCCAUCAAUCCUACAGAAACGGUUUCACUGGAGCUCUCGGGUAUGAUGUAUCUGCAGCAGCUCUGGCUAGAGAAGCAACACCUGGAAAUUCGAUGACUGAUUCUCAAAUGAUGGGAAGUACGUCGAGGAGUCACAUGCCUGAGCAGGUUAAGUUAUCCGAAAGUGGCAAUAAUGUGCCACAGGGACAUCUAAACGUGAAAACUGAAGCCUCCGAUUUGCAUGUGAAAACUGAAGCCUCUGACACGAUCAUGGAAGCUGAAGUGAAACCUCAACAGGCAUUUGCAGAGCAGCAAAGACAUUCUCUUUCUCGCUCGGUGCCUCCUGACUUGAACACGAUCGUCCCUACAGGUUCACCUAGUUCUAGCUUACAGAUCAGUUCGCCCCGACAGCCAGAUCUGGCAUUGCAACUCUGAAUCUUGAUUUUGAUCCAUUUUCUAAGGUGCAGGCAGAGUUUCUGGAAAAUCUUGAUGUUUGGAGGUGACAUGGGCUUUGCCACUCUGAGAGAGAGAUUGUGUGUGUGUGAGAGAGUGAGAAAGAGCUUAGAAAACAUUUGUGUACAGAUGGUGUAUCUAAUUCUUUAGGUUAAACUGAAAGGAUGUUCUCUGUUAACUUUUAUAAAAUUCGAUGACAGGGAGAAGCAGGAAAAAGGAUUAUGUAUCUGCUUAUGAUUAUUGUCUAAUACAUAGAUCUGAUACCCUUUGAUUAAA